UUCCAGUGGUAGAUCUAUUGCAUUCUCCAAGUAAGGAAGUUGGAGAAUGGAGAAUUGAAAGGCAUCUCGUACUGGGAGGUAAAUCUCUUGAGCCGAGUUCAUUGCUGUAUAAAUAGUCUCCCUUUCACGGUAUCAUGGCUUUGGAGAGAUUGAGAUGCCAUUCAACGCCAUAACAUGAAAAUACAACUCCAGUCACUUUUCUUUCUUUUCGCUUUAUUACAAGUCACCUUAUCUACUCCAGUGGGAGUGAAGCUACCCACUGAAGAUGAUUUUUAUACUUAUUCUGGUGAUCUUGAUAAAAUCAAACCGGGGACGAUUUUGAAAACGAGAAAUACUCCUAGCAGAAUUAGAAGUAUAUACUUCCCGGUAAAUGUCAAGAAUUCGUGGCAAUUGCUAGUUCGUUCAACUGAUUCCCACGACAAUCCUAAUGUAUUUGUCACCACGGUUAUUGAACCUUAUAAUGGGAAUUCUUCGAAAUUACUAGCCUACCAAACUGCCGAAGACUCCAGUAGUCCCGAUUGUGCACCAUCUUAUGCUUUCUUGUAUGGUGCCAAAAUGUCUACUGUUACAACCCAAGCUGAAAUGUUAUUGAUUCAAAUUGCUUUGGAUCGUGGUUGGUAUGUUGUUUCUCCCGAUUAUGAAGGUAGCAAGGCUACGUUCACCGCUGGGCGCCAAAGUGGACAUGCUACUUUGGACUCCAUCAGAGCAGCUCUAAAGUCAGGGAACUUGACAAACAUUGAUCCAGACGCUCAGGUUGGUAUGUUUGGCUACUCUGGGGGGAGCCUAGCAAGUGGACAGGCCCUUGAGUUACAACCAACCUACGCUAAGGACUUGAAGAAGCAUCUCAUAGGUGCUGCGCUUGGGGGAUUCGUAACAAAUGUCACAGCCACUGCCGUAGGUGUUGAAGGGACCUUAUUUGCUGGUUUGACUGCUUCGGCACUCGGAGGUUUGGCAAGUGAAAAUGACGACUUGAGAGAUUUAAUUGAUGAACAAAUCAUGCCCGGUAAAAACGAGACAUUCAGCGAGGUCUUCAAAAAAUGUAUGCUUGAUUCCAUUACCUCGUAUGCCUUCCAGAACUUUUUCACGGGGCCCUAUAGGUAUUUCAAGGAUGGUUGGAAAGUCUUUGAAAAAAAAAUGGUGAAGGAAGUAGUUAAUAAUAGUACUCUUGCCCUCCAUAGUAACUCGACUCUUCCAGAAGUCCCUAUUAUGAUAUUUCAUGGCUAUAAUGAUACCAUUGUGCCUUAUGCUGAAAACUCACCCAGAGUUGCAAAGGCUUGGUGUGAUAGGGGAAUCAAAUCCUUAGAAUUAAAUCUGGAUAUGGGUGGACAUAUAACAGAAAUAUUCAAGGGUAUUCCAUCCGGCUUCGCUUGGUUGGAAAGGGUUUUCAGUGGUGAAAAGCCUCAUGAUGGUUGUAAAUUUAGUUCUCGAGAAUCUAACCUUGACUACCCAGGAGUUAACUCUACCAUUCAUGACCUCCUAAUUUCUUCUGCAGAACUGAUCUUUGGUUUUGAAAUUGGACCAGACGGUGAGCAUAUAGAGAGAAAGCUAUUAAAGAAAAGACAAGCUUUCCUUGAUUUAGACUAAUGAUAUAUAUACCGC